AAAAACUAGGCUUAUUUUACGGUGAAAAUAAAUUGUAUUCGAAAUGAAACCAAAAAUUCAUAAUAUAUUUGUUAUGGCAGCUGAGUAUCGUUAUCCAAUUAUUACUAUUGUCUUUGAUCUUAUAAGGGCUCAGGUUAGCUAUAAAACAACACCUCCUAAGAACAACCCUAAAUUAAUACUAUUUGAAAUUUAUGAUAGUUUGAAAAAGUACCCUACCAUCUACCCUUUUCCUACAUAAUUACAGAGAAUAAAGUUAAGUCAAUAGAAAAAGUAUAUUCUUUAUAAAAUCACAAAAUGCAUUUAUAUUAUAAAUAAAAAAUGGAAAAAAUCUUUUUGUGAAUUUGGAUAAGCAUGCAAUAUUGACUGUGAUUGACUAAGCUGCUAAUUUCAAAUUGCUCCAAUACUAUCAAAAAUCCAUGGAC